GAAAUUUUUAAGAUCCAGGAAUAACUUACUGAUAAUAAAUAUUCAAAUAUCAGCCUAAUAUCUCCCUUUGUGGGCAGUAUUCUUAUUGAGGUACCCUUCUGUAUUGUUAGUUUUUAUGAACUUGUCAUGAAAAUUCUUAUAGAAUUAUCAAAAUGUCCCUCAAUCUGAGUCUGAGGAAAGACACCAAGUUUUCAUAAGUAAUUGCCACAGAUCCUUGCCUAAAUAAGUUAAUACUUUAAAAAGUGACAUUUAAUUCUAUUUUCCUUGGUACUGACUUACAUAAUGUUUCAAGCUAAAUUAUUAUCACAAUCAUACAUGAAUUACAUAUUUAAAGAACCUGUAGGAGCUCAGUCCAAUAGUAAAGUUUCCACUGAGAGUCCUAAUUUAAGGUACCUAAAUUAAUAUUCAGAGUAUCUUUAUUAAGUACAAGGUUUAAUGGUUCUCACUCAAAGAGUAAGAAUCAACUGAAGAUUUUUCAAAACAUUGAAUCCGAUCGUAAUUGUUUGAACCACUCGAAUCUUUGAAUGCAAAUAUUUACCGUCUAAAAUUAUGACUAUGCCUACAAAAAAGAAAGUAACAGAAAUCUGGAUAAAUUUUAGGUGAACUCAAGCAGGUACAUAAUUUUGUUAAGAACAAUCUUAAUAUCUUCUAUAUAGCCAUUAAAGU